CUUCCUGUCACAGUGUCAGUGUGUUCAGAACUGCUCUACCUAUGGUUUAGUUUCAGAAAUCAUAAAAAUAUUUUAACAUUAAAGUAACAUCUGAAAUUAGUUAUUGUCUGAAUUACUGAAAUAGUGAUUAACAAGUUAGACCUCGUCAUUAUGCCAGGCUCCAACGGUGGUGCUGUUAUCGUAAACAAGAAGGUUGAUUCUCCAUCCAAGAAUGGGGUUCAGAAGAAGGACCCCUAUGCUGAUCCUAAGAACACCAAGCUUGGUAAACGCCUGGCGUACCUCCUGCGAUAUGGAGCAGUGAAAGAGGGGCUGGCAGUCAGCACUAGAGGUUAUAUAAAGCUGAGUGACGUCAUGUCAGUGCCUCUGUUCUCCUGGUACAGCGAGGAGACUCUCAUCGAGGAAAUUGGCAAGGCGGUCUCGGAACGAGGCCACAAGCAGUAUGAGCUGAAGACUGAGAAAGGAGAGGUCUACGUCAGGUCCAUCUUCAGUCAGCGCUUUGAACGGUUGCCAUACCAUGAAGGCACCAAGGUGGUGCGACUGCUGGAGAUGUGCGUGCAGCAAGUGACUGCCAACAUCUCCGACUACAGCCUGGAAGGAUUUGAUGACUACAUCGUUACUGACAUUGUGAGGCGACUGAAGCGCUCCAAGAGGCUCAACAACACAACCCUUGCCAGCGUCCUGAACCCAGAUCUGGGGACGCUAGACCUGAGUGAUGCCUACCUGACCAUAGGCUCCCUCAAGAUGAUCAUGACCGACAGCCCUAACCUCAGAGUGCUAAAUCUCAAGUUCUGCGGGUAUCUCAUCAAUGACGAGCUGCUGAAGAGAUUGAUGAAGAAUCUUCCCCUCCUGAUCGACCUGAAUGUCUGCCAGUGCACCCACCUGACCAGCCUGACCCUGCGCAAUGUGGCCAAGCUCCUGCCGGGCAUCCACACCCUGAACGUGUCCCGCAUCCUGAACUUCAAGGAGGCGGACAUCAUCAAGUGUCUGGAGAGCUGCCUGGAGCUGAGGCACAUGGACAUCUACCAGUGCGAGCUGCCCUUCACAGACGGCUUCUGUGCCAAGCUGGCCGAGAUCUGCCAGGCUAGGCCUAAACUGAAGAUACUCGAGAAGUAGCCCAUCGACGGUGUUAUGGUUGAAUCCAUCACAAGUCUGGUUACAAGUAACAGGGGGUUGAGCAAUAACAAAGGAACGCUUUUGUCACGGUUCACUGGAAUAGCUCGUGGCUUGAAUUCGGACUGGAUGACUUGUGAGGACGUGUGAGGACGUGUGAGGACGUGUGAGGACUGUGGACUCGACUACAACACUGUCGAUCAACUCUACAGUCCAAAAUCAGACAAGGAUGGUCAUCCAGACUUAUUACACUGCAAGGAGUGUGGAGUAUCGUGGCCUCGUGGUCUGGAGCAUUGAACUUGGGGUCUGCGGGUAAUUCUACUGGGUGUGGGUUCGAGUCCAGCCUGGGGUCAUGGUGCGUGUGCCCUUGGGCAAGGCACUUUGUCACUCAUUGCUUCUCUCCACCCAGGAGUAAAUGGGUACCUGUGAGGGCAGAGAUGGUUAUUGCGAUUGAGUAUAUAGCUGCUUUGCGCCCCAAAAGGCAGCAUCAAGCCGUAUACUCCCCAGAGAGCUGAGAUGGUAUUUGGAAUGUUUCAUUGGCCCUUAAUUGGCCAGGGGUUAUAAUGAUGUAGCACCUUGAGCACCAAUAAUGGUGGAUACGUGCGCUUUAUUUAUACACUUAAUUGGGGGGGGG